AUGGCCUCCAGCUCCCAAGUAACCUCUGGAUCUCCUACUUCAUCGGAUCCAUGUUGGAAGUAUGAUGUGUUUUUGAGUUUCAGGGGCAUUGACACUCGCAAGGGUAUCACAAUCGACAUAUACGAUGGACUCAAUCGGAGAGGCAUUAAAGCAUUCAUGGAUGAUCCAGAUCUUAAAGUCGGGGAUGCUAUUUCUCGCACGCUCAUAGAAGCAAUUGAAGGGUCAAGGUUUGCAAUUGUUGUUCUCUCGCAGAACUAUGCUUCUUCUACUUGGUGUUUGGAGGAACUUAGAGAGAUUUGUGAGUGCAUGAAAGACCAGAGCAGAAUUUUGCCACUUUUUUACCAUGUUGAUCCUACUGAUGUUCGAUAUCAGAAGAGGAGUUUUGAAGAAGCUUUCUCUAAUCAUGAAACCUCUGGGAGACAUGGAACAGAGAAGGUGAAGCAAUGGAGAGAUGCUUUAAACAAAGUGGCCAAUUUCUCCGGGUGGAAUACAAAUGAUUACAAGACUCACAAAGAACUUGUUAACGUCAUUGUGGAAUUUGUCAGCACGAAAGUUGUACCUGAUGCAAUUGAGUCCACAGGAGAUUUCAAAGUGUUUAAAGCAACAAGACAGGCCAUGGAUGAGGUUCAGGAAGCCCUUAAAGAGUACAACGUCACUGCCAUUGGUGUCUACGGCAUGGGAGGAGUUGGCAAGACAACCUUGGUGGAACAUGUCAGUGCACAAGCCCGGAAAAGUGGGAGUUUUGAUUAUGUGACUAAGUGUGUCGUAUCCCAAAAUCCUAGUUUUGGAAUCCUUCAAGACGCAUUGGCAGAGCAGUUGGGCUUCAAAUUACAUGAGGAAACAGAAAUUGGAAGAUCCGCUAGGUUGCAUAAGGAGAUAAUGAGACGAACAAAGAUUCUUAUAAUCCUGGACGAUAUUUGGGAGGGAAUGAAGUUAUCAAGAGUAGGAAUUCCAAGCCACAAGGAACUUCAAAAGUGUAAUUCCAAAGUCCUACUGACCACAAGGAUAAGGAAUGUUUGUCAUGCCAUGGAGUGCCAAAGAAAGAUCACACUCAACAUUCUCUCAGAACAAGAUUCUUGGGCCUUGUUUGUGAGCAAAGCAAGAAAGUCUUUCGAGUCGUCCACUUUCGAGGAUGUGGCAAAGAAGGUUGCUGGAGAAUGUAGAGGUCUACCGAUUGCAUUGGUCACAGUUGCAAGGGCGCUCGGAGAUAAAGAGUUGGUGGAUUGGAGGAGAGCAGCUCAGCGACUAGAGAAGUCGCAGACUGCCAACCCUGAUGAUAAGGGAGAAGCAUUUAAAUGUAUAAAAUUAAGCUAUGAUUACUUGGAAGAUGAGGACUACAAGUCAUACUUCUUGCUCUGUUGCUUAUUCGCAGAAGACUAUGACAUCCCUAUAAAAGACUUGUUCAGGUAUGGGAUCAGAACAAGAUUGUUUCGAGAUGCCGAAACACUCAUGGAGGCAAGAGAGGAAGCUGAUUCCGUUGUCAAGCAUCUGAAAUAUUCUUGCUUGCUUUUGGAUAGUGAAAAAGAUGGAUGCGUAAUGAUGCAUGAUGUUGUCCGGGAUGCAGCCAUUCAAAUUGUGCAAUCUGAAGAUGAGUUUUUUGUGAAAACCGGCUGUGGUUUAGAGGAUUGGCCACGUAAUUUACAUACAGGCUACCUUGCAAUCUCACUAAUGUGGAAUUAUAUUAGCAAGCUUCCCAAAAAUCUGAAUUCCCUCCAAACUGAUAUCAAAGUUGCAUGA